AUGACGCAACCCAGAACCAGAACUCUUUCUGCCCCCUUCCGUGGUCUUGCUUACCAGGAAAGUGACUUUCUAGUAUUAAUCUUAUCAUUGCAUCAUGAUAGAAAUGCUGUUCAGGCGUCGUAUGUGAAAGCUAUUGAUGUAUGGAUGGGUGCAUGCAUGGCUUUUGUAUUUUCUGCUAUGAUAGAGUUUACGGUUGUGAAUUACUGUACUCGUCGUAAGCAGAGAAAAACUACUGCUCCUACGAAAAGCCUCAGUGAACAAGUGCAAAGUCUGGUCGCUCAGUAUAAGGACAAAAGAGCGAGCACAGAUUCUGCUAUUUAUCAAGAGUACCAAAAUGGUACCGCGCCUUAUGAGGUGUCCUUAUUCGGUAGUGGAACAGACAACUCGCAAAGUUUACACAAGAAACAAAUACGUGAGCUGAAUCAGCCUACGGUCCUGAUGCGACGGAACUUUUUGCCAAGUAUGAAGAGAAAGGCAAUCGAAGAACGAAUAAGACGGAGUGGAAGGAAUCGAAAGUAUGAACGCAGAUUGAUCGGAUGCGGACGCUAUCGAGAUUUACUUCCAAUGGCCUAA